AUGUCGGCACAUGGCACGUCUUCGACAAGUUAUUCGAAAGAAUAUCUGGAAGAAGACAGUGGGAAUACACUUGUUGGGAUUUCAGUGAUGUUUAUCGUCCUCAACAUCCUUUUCGUGGCCCUCAGAGUCUAUGCACGACAAUAUAUCAGGGGUGAGCCACGAGACGCGACAUCAUCACGAGCCUGGGAUGAUUUCCUAUCAUGGUGCACGUUGCACGUUGCUGGCGUUGGGCGCCACGCAGCGUACGUGCGCAAGGAGCAUCCCCACCAACUUGUUCAAUGGGCAAAGUGCAUUUAUGCGUUGGAGUGGAUAUACCUGGCAGCAGUUGCACUUCCAAAGCUCUCCAUUCUGUUCCUCUACCUACGAAUAUUCGUUGCACGAUUCACCCGACUGGUCACUUACAUUCUAAUGGCAACUGUCAUUGCCAAUUGGGCUGCCUUCCUCCUAGCAUCGAUAUUCCAGUGCUCACCAGUUAGAUUCCAAUGGGAUAAGAGUACUCCAGGAGGGAAAUGCUUUAAUGUCCCGCUGUUCUACAAACUCGUCAAUGUUCCAAAUAUCGCAACGGAUCUAGUCAUUCUCGUCCUGCCCCUGCCAACGGUAUGGCAUUUGAAAGUCUCGCGAGCAAAGAAAUUUGGGUUGACUUUGGUGUUCUUGACUGGUAGCAUUGGCAUAAUUGCAUCCUGUGUAAGGAUGACAGUAUUCUUCCAAACUGAUGCUUUCACCGACAACACAUGGGCAUCUUUCGGUUUAGUCGGCUGGUCCGUCGUCGAACCGGGCAUGUAUCUGAUAGCAUCCUGCUUACCAGCCCUCCGUCCAAUAUUCUCCCGAUUUAUGCCAGCGUAUAUCAAAGCGCUCUUCAAUAAAGUUUUGAUGGAACGGACGAAACAAAGUGGCAGUAAUCAUAAUCAGGAUAGUUUUCGUAUGAGAGGUAUUCCUCUAUCUUCAUCUCAGUCGCAAAAGGGGUUUGCCAAGCUGGAGUCGGAUGGUCCACUUUCGCGUUCUAAAGGACAGGAUAGGAACAAUGGGAAUGUCUUCUAG